AUGGCUGUCAUUUAUUACCGUGAUUUGGUGCGCAAGCGUAAUCAUCACAUGAAAGUUGCUGAUACACAAGAUGGUAGACACAAUAUUAAUAAAAGAUCACCGAUGAUGGGAUGGGGAUUCGAUUCUGGUCUGACAGGAGAGGCGUUAAAGAAAAAACAGAAACGUAUUGAAGAGUGGUAUAAACAGAAAGAACUGGAUGAACUGAAGAGAAGAAACCCUACCAUGUAUUAUGCAAGAUUAAGGAAAGAAAAGGCUGCAAAAGAGAAAAAGGAAAAGGAGCAAAGGGAGAAAAAUAAACAAGCUAAACAACCAAAGAAGUUACCAACAACUACCAGAAGAACUACCACUAGAAGAACUACCACCAGAAGAACUACCACCAAAAGAACAACCACACCAACUACAACUACCACAACAACAACAACACCAACUACAACAACAACAACUACAACACCAACUACAACAACAACUACAACACCAACUACAACACCAACUACGACUACAAGAGCAGCCCCAACUAUUGAACCAGUUGAGGUUUUCUUGGCAAGGAAGGAUAAGCUUUUAGCUGAACUUACACGAAAGGUAAAAGCGAACGCACCAAAACCAUGCAGUACUGUGAGGCCUAAAGCUACAGCCCGGAUUACAACCAGCACACCAAUUACAAAAGCAGGACCAACGGUUGAACCAGUUGAGGUUUUCAUGGCAAAAAAAAAUAAGCUUUUAGAUGAACUUAACCAAAAAUUAAAAUUGAAUGCCCCAAAACCAUGCAGCACUGCAAAACCAACAACUAACGAUGUUAAAGCGGAUACCGUAGAAGGGGAUACUGCAGAAGGAGAUAAUGAAGAAGGUGACUAUGAGGAAGGUGACUAUGAAGAAGGAGAUUAUGAAGAAGGAGAUUAUGAAGAAGGAGACUAUGAAGAAGGAGAUUAUGAAGAAGGAGAUUAUGAAGGAGGCUAUGAAGAAGGGGAUUAUGAAGAAGGAGACUAUGAAGAAGGAGAUUAUGAAGAAGGAGAUUAUGAAGAAGGGGAUUACGAAGGAGGAGAUUAUGAGGGUGGAGAUUAUGAGGAAGGAGAUUAUUAAGAAGAGGAUUGAAAAUAUAAAUGCAAACCUUAUGAAUAUCAAAACAUUGGCAAUGUAUGGCGAUGUCAUUGCUGUUCAGGAGCUGACAAAAAGAUUUCUUGUUAAUUUUAAUCAGAUAUCUGUGGGUCCUACGAUUCCACUAAAACUAAGUGCUAAGUCGGCGAGGGCCUUAUGUGAUGAAGCAUAUUACGUGAUUAGUGACGUCAUCAAACACGUGGUGGAAUUACAGGAACCACAUAUGUCUGAUUGAAAUUUUAAAUGGUGCAAAUUGAUGCUUUCAGUGUCCCCGAUACACAUAAAAAAAAGUCAGAAAACCUCUUUACAAUCCCUUUAAGCAGAUUAUAAAGAAAUUUUUAAAACUAUAUAUUUUUUUUAUUAUUUGUAUCGGGGACACUGAUUGCAUCGAAUCUUGGAAUUCCGCCAAGACUAAGUGUUUGACGUCCAUAUUGCAAAAGCUGGUAAUAAUAUCUAUAAAAGACGCUAUGAUUAUUGAUUUAUCUAUUCAAUUACAUGAAAUAAUAUCAUACUCAGGAUAAAAGGUGCCUGCUGUCUAUUUAUUAAACACCUCUUGCACUGAGAAUUACUAGACACCAAUCGCCUCUUGAAAUGAGUAUAGAGAUGUAUUGUAGACAGUGAAAU